UCGUAAAGUGAGUGAAGUAAAUAAGCGGACUACGCCAACUGCAUUGUGCUACAAGUAGUCCUUGGUAUCCACUUAAAUGUAAGAUAAGAUACUAUGUUUUUAUUCAACUCCCAUGUCGAAUAAAAAGCCGUGUGUGUAUUAGUUACCCAUUACUUUUUGAGACACUUACAUCACAAUGAGCGAUAUAGUCAUAAAUGUGGAGCAAGGUGCUUUAAGGGGAAUUAAGGAGAAGACAUACAAAGGAGAUAUUUAUUAUAGUUUUAAGGGAAUUCCGUAUGCUAAACCACCUCUAGGAAAACUUCGAUUUCGGGCUCCGCAGCCUCCAGAACCAUGGAAAGGAAUUCUAGACGCAACCGAGCAUCGGGAUAAAUGUGUGCAGUGUGAUAUAGCUCAACGGAAACCGGAACUUAUUGGAUCGGAGGAUUGCCUGUAUUUGAACGUCUAUACGUUAGAGGAUCCAAGGGAGGCAAAUGGUAGAGCAAAGCCUGUUAUGGUUUGGAUCCACGGUGGAGCAUUCUGUGUGGGUUCCGGACACUCGGACGAAUGUGGACCUGAUUAUUUAAUCACGAAAGGUGUAAUAAUAGUUACGCUCAAUUACCGAUUAGGAGUCUUUGGAUUUCUGAGAGUUGAUGAACCAUCUGUGGGAAUUCCUGGCAAUGCUGGAAUGAAGGACAUGGUUAUGGGUUUAAGAUGGGUGAAAGAGAACAUUUCAAAGUUUGGUGGAGAUCCUAAUAAUAUUACUAUCUUUGGAGUAAGUGCAGGUGGAUGUGCUGUGCAUUUUCUCACCUUAUCUCCUUUAGCAAAAGGUCUAUUUAAUCAAGCGAUAGUUCAAAGCGGUUCUGCCCUAUCAUUUUGGUCUUUAAUUCCGCCUGAUGUUAAACCAUUACAUGAAUUAGCUAAGGCAUUAGGAAUACAAAACCAGGACGAGAAAGCAAUUGUACAUGAAAUUGAAAAGCUUUCAGCUGAGGAGCUUUUGCAACCUCAACUGCAAAUGUUUGCAUUUGGAGGACCUAUGAUGUUUGCUCCAACGAUCGAAAAACCAUCAAAAGAACCAGCUUUUCUGUUGGAUCAUCCCAUAAAUAUAAUUAAGUCAGGAAAGUUCAAUCAAGUACCGACUAUAUUUGGAUACACAUCCAGAGAAGGUAUGCUAUUGGCAUUACCAGGUAGCAAGUUUAUCAAAGAUUACGAAGAUUUUGUUCCAUUUAAUUUGGGCUUUACUAAGGGUUCUUCCAAAUCCAAGGAAAUUGGUGUCAAAAUUGGACAAUACUUUUACGGCGGGAAAGAACCCUCAACGGAAAAUAUUGAUAUUGCCUUCACAAUUUACACUGAUACUUGUUUUUUAAAUGGAAUAUACGAAGCAAUAAAGGAAAGCAUCAAAGUGUCACCUGAAAAUAUCUAUUUGUAUCGAUUUUCUUUGGAAGGAAGGAUUACUUUUGUGAAAUCGAUGCUUAGAUUGACAUUACCAGGUGUUUGUCAUGGUGACGACGUACCCUACAUGUUAAGACUGGCUGCUGUCCCACUUCAAAUAAAUCCGAACAGUUUAGAAGGUAUUGCUAUCGAAAGGUAUACUACACUGCUAACAAAUUUUGCUAAAUACGGGAAUCCAAACCCUAAACAAGAAUCAGAUUUAAUUAAUGUUGAGUGGAAGCCUGUCCAGCGAGAUCAAUUUAAUUUUUUGGAAUUUGGAGAAAACCUUACUGUUGGUGUUAAUCCAGAUUGGAGAAGAAUUAAAUUUUGGGAAGAAGCGUUAAAAUUGUAGAAAAAUACGUUUAUGAGCUAAUUUUGACAGAAACAUUAUUGCUUCUGUACUGUGUCAUGUAUUGACCAGAUUAUGACUAAAGCACUAGGUUUAGAAAUAAAUUAAUUGUAACACUAACAGUUUUUGAACCGAUUCUGCCUCUCGAACUUUUUUUAUUGCCAUCAUUUUAAACGCUAAAUUAUUGUAAAAUAAUAACACACGCACUACAGUAAAUAUGCGCUUUGAUUUUUAUUUCUAUUAGUUAUCAGCGAAGGAACAUUAAAUAUAAGGUUAACAUGAAUGAAAACAGUAUCACGUAUUACUUGACCAGAAUAGGAUGAAUGUUGUUGGAUAAUCAAGCAAGAUGCGCAAAUGUAACACUGCAACACCAUUCGGCAAGAAAAGAAUGGCGAGAACGCUGGAGUUUGAAUCCCCGAAUUUAAACCGGUUACGUACAAACUAGCCCUGUUUACGAAAUAACUACUGCGAAUUCUCUACUGCAUUUACUUUUACAAUUAGUAAAAUUAUAUGUGUGUGCAAAUAAUAGACAUAUUUAUAUUACUGUGAUAUAUAUACUUUAACAAAAAAAA